AUGAACUACCUUCAAGGUCUCCUCACGAUCCUGAUAGUCGUGUCAGCCAACGAUGCUGCUGUGCAUGAACUGGAGACAUCUGGUUUCAUCGCAGACAUGAUAAGGCAAGGGCAAUCCAAGAUCGAAUUGCGAAAGGGAGCGCACCUCCUCGACCAUACGCUUUCGCUGAGACUUGCGAGGAGCGUGUCAGUGUUUGGUGAGGAACGGAAGUACAAGAUAGAGGAUGAGAAGUAUCAGCUAGGCCCAGAGAAGGAAGUCAAGGUGAGAGGCUCAUGGUUUCUCGAGCAAGACCUCAGCAAGACUGCUGAGGGCCGCUUCGAGAACCUCUACUUGCUGAACGAGAGGCAAAACUCAGAUCCCAGAACCAGUGCCGGGGUCUUCUUCAUUCUCGGUGGGAACUGGGAUUUCAACAAGUGUUGCAUCAUGGGUACUGGCACGGGUUUCGAAGCACCUGCCUUGAUUAUCAUAGGAGGGGAACUAGACGAGGAACGCCCUCUGGACUCUCCUAUGUGCCAAUCGCCCAAGGUUUCCAUGUAUCAAACCAAGGUACAAGAACUCCCCAUAGACCAGCGAGAAUUCAACGAUUCGGUUGUGCCUCAAGACUUGAACAACCUCAUCUACGUGGGCGGAAACUCUACUUUUACCGCGAAGAAGUGCGAACUUUCAGGUGCGGUGAUGUUCAACAUGAUGAUCUAUGGGAACAGCGCAGUGAAGAACAAGGCUAUAUUUGCUUUCGUGCUGGGAAAGCACAGAGUGACUCUCAGGAAGAACAAGUUUGUUGGGAAGGUCUUCUUGGCGUCUGAGCGGUUUGACAACGCGACGUUGAUCGAAGAAGACAACAUCUUCGAUCCAUUCAUAAACCUGCGCUCUCCACCUAAUCACUCAAGGUGA